AUGCCGCCUACUGCAGGGGUAGCCGCGCACUCGCCACACGCGUAUCGCGCAUGGAUCCCUCCCCCCGCGGCAAUCACGCCCGUUACAGCCAUCCACCCGCAACAUUUUCACCCCUCGCGCGCGUAUUUCGAACCCCACGCGGAUCCCUCAGCGGAAAAGUUUGCGGAAGAGCGCGCGCUUGCUGAGGACCGCGCGCGCGCCGCGUCGAAAGUCGGCCAAUGGGUCGAUGCGCAUUUCUCUGUUCCACCCGCCGCACCUGACGCCGCAACCUCUGGGCAUCUCACAGAGGGCUACCCGUUCCCGUGCGAGCCAGAAGCAGCGGAAGAAGGGGGAGAAAUGAACGGUGAAGAUGGGAGCGUAAACGGACGGCGGAGAUCGUCUUUGGAGGACGAGGCGCUAGAGCGGAAGCUGGCCGCCGUUGAGAUGGAGAACUGCGAGAUGACGGGGCGAGUGGCGGGUCUAGAAGCGAUGCUUCGAGAGCGCGAAAGGGAAACGGCGGACAUGCGACGGCAGAUAUUCGCUUACACGCAGGCGCUCGAAGCGGGUCGCGGCGACUCGCUGACGCGCGCGGAGCUGAUCAACCACGUGGUGCAGCUGACCAAUCAGGUGCAAGAGCUUGCGCAGGAGCGCGAUGCGCUGCGCAACGUCCCCAACGGCCUCGCGCUCACCUACGGCCUCCGUGCGCCCGGCGCGCUUACUGGCGGAGGCGCCGGCGCGCUUACCGGCGCUCUUCCUACCGCUGCUGCUGCUCGUGCUGCUCCUGUUGCGGCUCUUCCUGCUCCUCCCGCUGCUUCCGCUCCUUCCGCUCCUACCGCUACUGCUACUGUUGGCACUGGUCCUGGCGCCGCACGUGCCCUUCCCGUUACUGCCACUGCCGCUCGUGCUACCCCUGUUGCGGCUAUUCCUGCUCCUCUCGCUUCUUCUGCUCCUUCCGCUCCUUUAGCUGCUCCUGCUCCUCCUCACUCUUCCGCCGUUCCUGAAAACGCGGUUCCGCAAGUGGCGGCAGCCAAUCAUCUACAAGCGCCCGCGUCUCGUGCCGCGUACCGCCCACCGCCUUCCACGCUCGACGUCUCUAAGGACGUAAUCAAGAGCCCGCCGGCAGCCGCUUUCCACCCGGCGGUAAGCUCCUGCUACCGCGCGCCACCAAAUUUUGAGUCGACUCAAACACCGCCUCCCACUCUCGACGUCUCUAAGGACGUGGUUCAGAACCCGGUGAUACCUCCCGCCGCCUUUCUCCCGGUGGUAAGCUCCUGCUACCGCGCGCCGCCGGCCCCAUUAGAUGUCUCCAAAGAUGUGAUAUCCGCACCGCCUCCGAAUGAGAUCCUGACCAUCGAUCACGAGGAGAGCGCACCUGCGGAUGCGCGCGCCCAAGCGCAGCUGCGGAAUAAUCCCCCCCCGACUUCCGCCUCCGCUUCCGCCUCCACUUCCGCCUCCGCUUCCGCCUCCACCUCCGCCUCCGCUGCAGCCGCGCACAUUGUUUGUGACGUCGCGCCACCCGUCCAGCGAUCGCAGUCGCUCCACGCGACUUCCCAGCCCGUCAAUAGCGCUGCGACUAGCGCGAUUAAUGGGUUGGCUCUUAGCGGGGAGACUCGCUCCAGUUCCUUCUCGCAGCAGCCCUCAUCGCGACCGUACAUUCUCACCAGCUCAUCGCAACCGUCCGUUCGGCCAGAACCGAGGGUUCCAAACUUGUACAAGGCCGCGUUUGCUGCGCCGCUCUUUUCGCCGCAACCGGCGCCGCAACCUGCGCCGCAACCGGCGCUGUUCGGAGCGGUGCAAGUGGUGGGGCCGCAGGUCAGCCGCGUCGGGUCCAUGCCGCCUCCUGUUGUCCAAUCCGCUUCGAGCAUUUCCGGUCGCACCGCCAGCGCCGGCGGUUUUCUUGUGCGCGCCGCUUCUGUUGCGGGGAGCGUGAGCGGGGUAGAGGGCGCGCGGAGCGGGGGAGCGGGCGGAGGAGGGCUGGGCGGAGGAAGGGCGGGCGGAAUGGGUGGGAAUGGGGGAGUAGGGCCGAUGAAAGCGAUGGCUGCUAAUCCGUUUGAAAGGCCGAACGUGUCUCACUACAGUCAGGCCCUUGUAUCCUACAUCCCACCACCGCCAUCAGUAGCAGCAGCAGCAGCACCAGUAGCUGCUGAUAAUUACUCCCCCAGUCGCCUUGCGUUAGCCCUUGCCCCAUCCGCCCCUCCCCCCAUCCAGCUUGUUCCCCCCAUGCCUGGCGCCAUGCCCGCUGCCCCCCUGCCGUUCAGACGGCCAGGUGGAGGGGGAGGGGGAAUGGGCGCAGGGGGAAUGGGGGGAGGGAGAGUGGGAGCAUCAGCCAUUCAGGGGCUGACACGUGGCACUGUAACAGUCAGCGGCAGCAGCAGCAGUGGAAGUGGUUUUAGCGGAGGGAGCGGGGAACAGUGUGAGAAGGCUAUUAAGCAGCUAGAGAUGCUGCUUAAAACGGGACGGGUUUCAAGGGCGGAUAUUCUGGCUGGAGUGCACGAGAAGUGUACAGUGCUGCUGGAACAGAUUGUCCCUCCCUCCCGCUCCAAUGCUCUUGUACGCCUUAUAAGCAAGGGCAUAUCGCACGCUACAAGCACUACCAUUUCUACACCUCCAACCGAAGAUCUUUUCCAAUCCGACCCCUCCUCCUGUCUCAUCGCGUCCCUCCUCUCUGCUAUAGUCACACUCUCUUGGAGCCCCUCCUCAUGCUUCUUCGAUAUAAGCAUAAAGCCUGUAGCGAAUAUUACUGUACGCCGGCUGCUGCUUAUCGAUUUUCUGAACGCGGUGUUUUGGAGGGGAGGGAAGGCGUGCGUGGGCGCGGCUGUGGAGGGGUUGGGAGGGGUGCGGAGGGUUGACAAAUGGAUUGGCGUUCGAGAGGAAGCGCUUCCCUCGUCUCAAGAGCUUGCUGGCUGCAAGGUGAGGUCUUAA